AUGAGUCGAAGAAGAAAGAAUCCACAUCCGAAAAGAGCGGUGAACGCGAGGACGGUUUUGAAAGUACGCGAGAAAGAUGAACCAAAUUUGGUGUUGUGUUUGAAGAUUCCUGACGAGGAGGAGGAUGAUCUCGAGGCGAAUCAUCAUCAGAUACAAAAAGAAGAAACGACUUUUAAUAAGAAAGGAGCGAAGAGGAAGAGAACGCAACACGAGUGCGAUGUUUGCGGGAAGGUGUUUGAUAGACGAUCACUUUUGGAUCGACACAUGCGUACGCACACGAACGAGAGACCGUAUGAAUGUGAUGUGUGCGAGAAACGUUUUACUCAAUCUAGUAGUUUGAAAACGCACAUGCGUAUUCACACGAAGGAGAAGCCGUAUGAAUGCGAUGUUUGUGAUGAAGCUUUUCGUCAACUUGGUCAUUUGCAAAGCCACAUGCGUAUUCACACGAAGGAGAAACCGUACGAGUGCGAUGUGUGCGAGAUGAAGUUUCGUCAAUCUGGUACUUUGAAAAAGCACAUGCGUUGCUGCCACUAG